GAUGUUGGGUGUAAUUGUAUUAUUGUUUGUAAAUUUUUUGCUCGUACAGAGCCAAAAUGUCUAUAAGAUGGAGGAAGCUGAUCGCCAUUUUUCUGAGUUCAAAGAAAAGCAUAAUAAACAAUACGACACCGUGAUUGAAGAGGAAAUUAGAUUUCUGGUUUUCAAGAAGAACCUUAGGGAAAUAAAUGAAUUGAAUAAAGCAGGCGAUGCUGUAUAUGGUAUAACAGAAUUUACCGACCUCACCAAAGAGGAGUUUAUCAAAUACCAUACAGGCUUGAAAGGAGAGUUUGAUAAUGUGAAUUGUGAAGUAGCUUUGAGCCUCUCUGAUGCGCCUGAUGCCUUUGACUGGAGGAGCAAAAACGUAGUCAGCAGGGUGAAGGAUCAGGGAAAAUGUGGAUCCUGUUGGGCAUUUGGUGCUUCAGGUGCUGUGGAGAGUCAGUACGCGAUCGUGAAUAAAAAAAUCCAAGAGGUAUCGGAGCAGCAGCUUGUCGAUUGCGACAGGAUGUCUUCUGGGUGUGGUGGCACUGAUCGCUUAGAAAAUCCAUUUAUCUAUUUCAUUGAAAAUGGAGCAAUGUCAGAGGAAGAUUAUCCUUACAAAGCAAAGAAUGGUAAAUGCAAAUACGAUAAAACUAAAGUGCUAGUGACAGUACAAGGUUGCAGAAGCGUUCAACUGGAUGAUGAUGAAGAGAAAUUGAAGAAAUUCCUCCAUGAGCACGGUCCAGCUACUGUAGGUGUUGAUGCUUCAGCGCUUUUUGGAUACAAAUCGGGCAUCGUCAGCGAUUCUCAAUGUAAAUCAGAUGGUGUCAACCAUGCUGUUCUUUUGGUUGGAUAUGGAACAGAAAAAGGCAUUCCUUUCUGGAUAAUAAAGAAUUCGUGGGGGAAAAAGUUUGGAGAAGAGGGCUACUUCAGGAUCCAGAGGGGAAACAACUGCCUUAUGAUAGCAACAGUGAAUCCCAUUCAACCUAUAAUCAAGUAGAAGAUUUUAUAUAUUUACUGCCUAAAGCUAAGUAAAAAUAUCAAAAAGAUUAUAGCAAUUUGUUGGAAAUGGUUGUCAAAUAAAAAAAAUAAUUUCGA